UCCGGAAACAUCACAAGGGCUGGCGUUAACGUCCUAGCCGACGAUGAAUACUGGGAUGCUUGUGGCUUGUUCACCUGAUCCAAUCUUAUGGGAUGAAUUAAUCGCCAGAAGACUAGGGGUGUGCCGUGGGAAAUACCUCUUUCAAUUCAACGUCCGAGCUCAGCCGACCAGACCUGACAGGGUAAAAAGGAACAAACCCUCUUUGCAAACCCAUCAACACUCUUUUUCACUACGGAACUGGCGCUUACCUGCGGUAUCGCUCAGAGGGGAAACACGAACACAGACACGACAUCAUGAAAGCUUUUCGGUCACUCCUCAAGCCCUCCAAACUUGGCCUGCCACCGCCCGCUCUCUUUAUAGCAGGGCAGCGCCGGGCUAUCCCAGCGCUCGCCCGGUCCAUCCAGACAGGAAGCGUACAAACUGACAGGGACACAAUCACCCGUCUUCUAUUCUCCAUAGGAUCAAAAAAAGAGGUUGAGCGCUACCUCCGUAUCUUUUCCUCUUCCUCUCAUCCAUCGCAUCCCGCGAAAUUCGCAGUCAUCAAAGUCGGCGGCGCGGUACUUGAUCAGAUCGACGAGCUUGCGCACAGCUUUAGCUUCCUGUACCGUGUUGGACUUUUCCCAGUCAUUUUGCAUGGUGGGGGGCCUCAAUUGAACUCUAUCAUUGAAGGGGAAGGCAUCAUUCCUGAUUACAUUGAUGGGAUUCGGAUUACGGACGCAAAAACACUUCAAAUUGCUCGUCGUGUAUUUUUGGAGGAAAAUCUUCGUCUUGUCGGUGCCCUUGAGAAGCUGGGCACUCGUGCCCGUCCCAUCACGUCGGGCAUCUUCACCGCUGACUAUCUCGAUCGAGACAAGUAUGGUCUGGUCGGAAAAAUUAUGAAGAUUGACAAGCGGCCGAUCGAGGAGUCUAUCCGAGCUGGUGCAUUACCGAUCCUCACCAGCUUAGCCGAAACGCCUGACGGUCAGAUCCUUAAUGUCAAUGCUGAUGUAGCAGCUGGAGAGCUUGCAAAGGAGCUCGAGCCUAUGAAAAUCGUUUUCCUGAAUGAGAAGGGUGGUCUCUUCCAUGGCAUUACCGGCCAAAAGCUGGACACUAUUAACUUAGACGAGGAAUUCGACUCUCUAAUGAAGCAAGAAUGGGUGAAGUUUGGAACCAAACUAAAGCUGCGCGAAAUCAAAGAGCUCUUAGAUCACCUUCCUCGCUCCUCCUCCGUGGCAAUUAUCUCUGCAGAUAGCCUGCAUAAGGAGCUAUUCACGGACAACGGAGCGGGGACUCUCAUUAGACGAGGCUACAAGCUCUUCAAACACAACUCGACCGAUGCUGUCGGCACCGACCGUUUACGUCAAAUCAUCCAUGACCGUGAUCCUGACGUCCUCAAUGGUCUCACGAGCAUCACUGGUGUUCUGAAUGAACUCUCCAAAACUCCAUAUUCCAUCUAUGCAGACGAGCCUCUGGACGUGGUCGCCAUCGUCAGCCACCCAGAGGGUGAAGUUCCAAUAAUGACGAAGUUUCUCCACUCGCGGGCUGGCGUCCUAAACAAUGUGAUCGACAACGUGUUCAGCGCCAUCAAGAGAGAUCAUCGCAAGCUUUUCUGGAGCGUUUCAACAGAGGAUGAGAAUCGAGCCUGGCACUACGAGCGUGCUGACGGCAGCUUCACCCGGGCUGGUCGCACACUCUUCUGGUAUGGUAUUCAGGAUGUCAACCAGGUGGAGAAGGCUGUGAAGGAUUUCGAGUCUAAGGGAAGAAUUGAACGUGCAUACCUUCCUAUCAAUGUUCCUCCACCUCCCCGUGGAGGGGCCGGCGCCGCCAUCCGCAGAUUCUCGACCCUUGCCAGGCGGACCGAAACUACAGGUCUACGUACCGGUUUCUCAAGCAUUCAGUCGCGAUGCUACGCUACCGCGGUCGAAGAUAGACCCAUUCCCACCAAUUCCUCUCGGAAGAAGGUUGCUUUGAUCGGCGCACGCGGGUAUACUGGUCAGGCACUGAUCAACAUCCUGUCUGGUCACCCCAAUCUGGAUUUGGCUCAUGUCUCAUCUCGUGAGCUCGCCGGAUUCACGGUCGAUGGUUACCACGAGAACUCAAAUCUCAAAUAUGAGAACCUUGGAUCCAAGGAUGUGGAGAAAAUGGAGGAGGGUGGCGCCGUCGAUGCUUGGAUCAUGGCUCUUCCCAAUGGCGUGUGCAAGCCCUUCGUUGACGCUAUCGAUAAGGGAGCCGAGAAACGAGCCUCGGAGGGCGAGAAGUCGAGCGUCAUUAUCGACCUCAGUGCUGACUAUCGGUUCGAGGAUGGGUGGACAUAUGGACUCCCGGAACUCUAUGGGAGGGAGAAAAUAAAGGCCGCAUCGAGAAUAUCCAAUCCGGGAUGCUAUGCAACCUCUUCCCAACUGCUUAUCGCGCCGUUGCUCCCCCAUCUAGACGUCAGCGCGCCCCCCACUGUCUUCGGAGUUUCGGGUUAUAGUGGUGCUGGGACGAAAGCUGGUCAAAAAUCGGAAACUGGACGACCGACAACGGCGCCCAAAGUUGACCCUGGAGAUCUUGCGGGAGGAAUCAGACCAUACUCGAUUACAGACCACAUCCACGAGAGAGAAGCUGGCCAUCACUUAUCCAGUCUCCUUCCCAAUGGUUCUGCAUCCCUGAAGCCAGCGUUCAUUCCGACGGUUGCCCCUUGGUUUAGCGGCAUUAUCUCAGUGCUUUCAGCACCCCUGAGGGAAGAAUUGAAGGCAUCAGACGUGCGGCAGCUCUACACAGAAAAAUAUGGACAAAAUAAGUUGAUCACAAUCCAAACCGGCGUUCCGUCGUUACAAGAGGUCCAGUGUCACCACGGAUGGCGGGCGGGUGGAUUUCAGGUCCACAGCUCGGGUAAACGGGUUGUUGUCGUGGGCGGUCUUGACAACCUUCUAAAAGGUGCUGCUACCCAAUGCGUACAAAACCUCAACCUAAGUCUCGGACUCGACGAAUACGCCGGGAUUCCGAUAUAGGUGCAGCAGUCAGACCUGGAUUGUAAGGAAGAUGCAGGGCAAACUGCAGUUGUACAUUACAUUGCUAUGACACGAUUCAAUAAGAUUUUCGAAUGAAGCAGG